AUGGCUUCGGCUUCGGCUUCGGCUUCGGCGGAGGAACUGACGCUGAGAGUGAAAUGGAGCGGCAACGAGUACACCGUCCGUGUCUGCGGCGACGACACCGUCGGUGAACUCAAACGCCGAAUCUGCGAACUCACCAACGUCUUACCUCCUCGUCAGAAGCUAUUGUACCCUAAACUCGCUUCCAAACUCAACGACGAUUCCAUCUUCCUCUCUCAACUCCCUCUCAACUCCUCUCUCAAGAUGACCAUGAUCGGUACUACGGAAGAGGACUUACUCAUCGAUCCAGUGGAUUCCCCUGAGAUUCUCGACGAUUUGGAACUCCCCAAGGACGAAGCUGUUGACAUCAAAGAUAUGGAAGUCAACAAGCGAAAAUUGACCAGACGAAUUAAUCAAGUCAAGAUUGAGCUUCGAAAUCCGUGUCGCAAAGGAAAGAAACUUCUUGUUCUGGAUAUUGAUUACACUCUCUUUGAUCACCGCUCCUCCGCUGAGAACCCUCUUCAGCUCAUGAGACCUUACCUUCACGAGUUUCUUACAUCAGUUUAUGCAGAGUAUGACAUCAUGAUAUGGUCUGCAACUAGCAUGAAGUGGAUUAACCUCAAAAUGGGGCAACUUGGGGUUCUGGAUAAUCCUAACUACAAAAUCACUGCCCUUCUUGACCACAUGGCAAUGAUCACUGUUCAGUCUUCUUCUCGUGGGGUCUUUGAUUGCAAGCCUCUUGGUUUGAUCUGGGCACAGUUCCCUGAGUUCUACAGUUCUUCAAAUACCAUCAUGUUCGAUGAUCUUAAAAGAAAUUUUGUGAUGAACCCACAGAAUGGUUUGACAAUCAAACCAUUCAGGAAGGCUCAUGCCAACCGAGAUAAUGAUCAAGAACUCAUGAAACUUACCCAGUACUUACUAGCCAUUGCAGAGCUUGAUGACUUGAGCAACCUUGAUCAUUAUAAUUGGGAGUUAUUCACAGAGGACAAUGCUAAAAGGCGUAGGCACAGAUAA